GCCACUUGGCGAGUAGUCAAGGGCAGUGACACCCAUCCGCCCGUCGGUGUCUUCGCCUACAAUGCGGGAGAGGGUGACAGCAAGUGCUGCAAUGAAUGAUGGGACUCCACCGGAAGACAUUGGCAGGCAGGCGUGGGAGAACUGUCGCCUACAGAUGCGGCGUGCUGCCACGGAGAACAUAACCACCGAUGUGUCCAGGCUUCAUGUGGGGAGCGACGUGGAUUCGGACGACAGCUGUCGGGCGAGUGGGGACGAGUCUCCGGAUUCCCGUUACGAAGAGGACGCGGAAGACGGUGAGGGGCUAGAGAUCCGACCCGUGGCUGCGCGUGGUGGACGGAGGGGAGGAGGAGGAAAUCAGCAGAGGGGCGAGUCGCGUGGUGGCCGAGGAUCGAGGGCUCCUGUGGGCGACAAGGGUGGCAAGCACCCAGCUUGGAGUGUGGAGGAGAUGCUGAAGCUCGCUCGAGCAAAGCGGGAUCAGCAAGCUCAUUUCAAGGGAAUGCCACACAACUACGGCCGCAUGCGCAACAGGGAGACAACGGACGACAUAGGGAAGAAGUGGGACAACGUCUUCCAACCGUACAAGAAGGUGCAGCGUUACCAGAACAUGUCCGGCGGGAAGAACUUCUUCACAUUAACUUCUGCAACAAGAGCAGACGAGGGUUUCAAAUUCCGAAUGGAUGAGCGAGUCUUCAAUGAGAUCAACAACAUGUCGAAAAAUAACAAGACCAUCUACCCGGACAACGUGGCAGACACGAGCGCAUGCGGAGGAGUGCCGCCAACAAUGGAUGGUCACCGCCAGGCGACCGUUGGUAGAGAGUCCUCUGCUGGUGGAGAGGGGGGUGAUGGCGUUGACGAAGAUGUGGGUUCGGCGCGGGAGACGGGGUUCAGUGCAGGCAGCACUGGCACUCCAGCGAAGAGGAAGAACAUGCGGCAGCAGACCUUCGACGCCAUCACCGAAGUCAUGGACAAACACGGUUCAUUGAUGGCGGACACGGUAGAGGGUGCGAGCAAACGACAGUGUAGCAUCCUGGAGCGGCAGUGUGACAUCCUCGACCGGGAGGUUGAAGCCCAGAAGCGCCAGUGUGACAUACUGGAGAGGCAUUACACGACGUUCGAUGAGGCGAACAAGAUGAUGUGCACGGCGUUGAUGGAGAUUGCCAGACGAAUGGCGCCACGUGGCCAGCAGAAGGCGAAACGUCCACACGGUGGUUCCGGCGAAGGGAGUGCAGGACAAACAGGAAGGGGCCACAUCCCAAAGUCGAACAAGCUCCGCGCGGGAGACGGGUCGGAAGGAGAGAUGGGGGGUGACGGGGGAGAGGAGGAGACGCCUAUGGACAUCACUUCUAAAGGGACGCCUGUGCUCGGGUUCGGGCGUGAUGGUAUGAGCAGGCAGCGUAUGCUUGCGCUCACCAACCUUGGCGUCCCGACGUCCAUGCGCGGCGGCGCUGGAGGGACGGCUCGUGCGCCAGGAGUUUCGUCCGGUGACAUUCCGCCGCAGAGGGUCGUGGGUUCUGCAUCCACCAUCGCAUCCGUGUCCGAGCGCGGCGAAAAAGCUCCGGUAGGUGAGUGUCCAUCACGCCAUGUGGAGGCGUCGAACCCGAUGAUCGUCGCCGCUUCGUCGAGGGAUGUGCUUCGAUCCGCGCAAGCAGCGAGCGUCGCUGGUCAUGCCGCCGCCGUCGGUGUUGGAGAAAAGCGAGAAGAUAGGAGGGUGGAAGAGGCGGGGAGAAAACAGGAGAGGAGGGAGGAGACUCCGCGCGGGGAAGAAGAGGACGACCAACCUCUGAGCGCAAGGAAGAAAAGGUCCCGCCAAGAGGAGGAGUUGGAGGCGAAAUCGAAGUUGUGGGUAGACGGCAAAGCGUUCUGCGCAACCGGCCCCGGACGGAUGAUCGCGGACGCGGUGCAUUCCUGCGCGGACUAUUUCUGCGCGAUCGUCAAUGGAGAUGCAGGUGCUAGCGCUCCGCAAAGCCUCAUGAUGCCGCCCCCCGAAGUCCCGCGCGUGCGGAUCGAAGAUGGCGCGCAACGAGAGCCAGCUCUCAGACCGGCGAGACGAACGGAGAACGUGGCAAUGCGCAUCAUCCACGGGUGGAUAUUCAGGUCGUCUUCAAGGUUCGAUGGUUUCGCCCGCGCGGAGUCCUACGUCGCCACAGAUUACCCCACCGACCUGGCGAGAGCAGUUUGGCAGAGCUUCGAGUGGUCGAGGAUAGUGCCUCCUGUCGUAGUUUACCACACAGUAGCUUUGAAGAUGGACAUCCCAGUGUGGUUCGCCGGGGCAUAUAUCGAGAAUAGGUCGGAGGACGAUGACAUGACCGCGCAUCAGGAGGCGACUGUGAUGCAUAUUGCGUCAUGCUUCCACGACGCGCUCCGGGCCGGGCAGUGGUGGGACGGCGGUAGAUUGUCACACUAGAGACUGAGCAGAAUCGGGGAUGCUUUCCGCCUG